CAACAAAAGACGUCUCUGACCCGACACACAAUCGCCACGGCUGGCUGCUCUGCUUCUGCGUGCCCAGCAUCACUGCAAGCUCCAAAUCACGGUCCGGACAUGGCUUCUCACGAGUCCCACCCCUGCUCCGAUAUCUGACAAGCUCCCGAUUGAACCGACCCGUCGUUACUCCGUACUUUGCAUCAGAUGCGGCCGGCGUGUGCAUCAACGUUGGCCUUCGUAUCCUGCGCCUAACUAAGCCUCAGGAUGACCUCGUCGACCACACGGAACCUGAGGCGCUACGAUCCCGUGCACAACCAGAAUCCUACCCCCUACUACGGUGCUUAUUAUUCCGAGGAGAAGCUCUGGGACAGAUUGUUCCAGCCCAGCGUCCUCUUCCCCGCCCUCGUGCUCCUGGCCACGGUCGUCUACCAGCUCGCACAGAACCGAGCAGCCGCCCGCGGCCGACAGCUACCCCCCCUGGGCGACCUCAUCUGGGACGGCAUCGUCUUCGUCUGCCCGGCUGGCCUGCUCUACGCCGUCGACCAAUGGGUUAACCCCCCCUUGGUUCCGAUACCCAUGCUUCAACCACAGCCCACAACCCACGCCGCCAAGAGCGAUGUCCUCCGCAAGAUCCUGCGAACCGACCAAAACGGUGGCAUAGUCGCCUCCGUGUCCGAGGCUGGCCGGCGCACAUUGUCCAAAACCUUCUCGGGGCCCAGGGGCAAGUCGGACCAGCCCGCCGGCUUGGGGAACUGGGACAACUCCUGCUUCCAGAACAGCAUCUUGCAAGGCCUGGCCUCUCUGAAACACCUCCCUCGUUACCUCAGCGGCGCCAGUGCCUCCGGGCAGCCGCCAGCCAUAGACAAGACGACCACUGCCGGGACAUUGUGGUCUUUUAUCGCCGAAUUGAACGACACAUCCAACAAUGGCAAGACAUUGUAUACCCCAGGCGUCCUCAAGAACAUGAGCACGAUACAGCAACAAGACGCGCAAGAGUACUUCUCGAGGCUGGUCGACCAGAUUGACAAGGACAUAGAAAAGACCGCUAAGGCCGCCUGCCGACAAGCUGGUUUCGAGGCAGACCUCAACAAGGACGACACCGCUGCCAGUCAGCACAGCGACGACAGCGGCUACCAGAGCCUGCCGAUGCUCUCCAAGGCCGGCUCUGAGCUGGUCACGCUUCGGAACCCCCUCGAGGGCCUAUCGGCCCAGCGCGUCGCAUGCAUGUCAUGUGGCUACUCCGAGGGUCUCUCCAUGAUCCCUUUCAACUGCCUCACCCUGAAUUUCGAGGUCGGCAUCGCGCACUAUGACCUUUUCGAGCUGCUCGACAACCUCGUGCGCCUCGAACCUAUCCAAGGGGUGGAAUGCGUCAAGUGCACCCUUCUCGAAUACCGGAAGGGGCUCCAGCGCCUGUGCAAGACCGUGCCCGCGGCAGCAGCCAGGUUACAGGCCAUCGAGGAAGUCCUCGAGGACGAGGAUUUUGAUGACAAGAUCCUGAAGAAGCUCAAGAUCCCCGACUCGCAGAAGGUCAGCUCGACCAAGACCAAACAGGUUGUGAUAGGGAGACCCCCGCCGAGCCUGGUGAUGCACAUGAACCGCUCCGUCUUCGACCCGAGUACCUUCAGCUCAUACAAGAACCUCGCGGCGGUCGAGUUCCCCAAGACAUUGGACCUGGGCCCUUGGUGUAUCGGCAGUGCCGAGGGAAGGUCGGCCGCCUCGGCUGCAGUCGCGAACAAGUCAGGGGGCGACUAUUCCCAAGAAACUGCCUGCGAUGAGGAGAGGUGGGUGCUCGACGCGAGAGCGUCCAUGGUAGCGGGCGACGCGCACCCGUCCAAGAUCUCAGGGCCAAUUUACGAGCUCAGAGCUGUAGUGACCCACUACGGGAGGCACGAGAAUGGCCACUACGUAUGCUACAAGAGAGGUAACACAGGUUUGGACGACGUCGACAAGACGGAUGAUGAACUAGAAGAUCUGGGUUCACCACCAAACCUGGUGGGAGAGGACAACACCACCCACGAAGUCGACGGUGCCAACGACGACGGCAGCGCCGCAGACGAAGCGAGAACCCCGCCAGAGGAUAUGGAACAAGAGCCAUAUGACGACGACCCAGGUUCCAAAUGGUGGCGCCUCAGCGACGAGACCGUCUACAAGGUCGACGAGGAGCAAGUCCUCCAGCAGGGCGGGGUCUUUAUGCUGUUCUACGACUGCGUCGACCCCAACUCCGUCCUGGUCGGCGCUCCCCAAGGGCCCACCGAGCCCAACAAGGCCGUGGAGGAGUCCGUUGUCGUCGAGAAGGACCCGCAAGGUGCCAGUCCGGCAAAUCUGUUUGGGAUCCUCUCGGAUGGGUAGGGCUCAUGGGGGAUCGUGUCGUAUCUGGGAGGAGCUAUGACCUCCCUGAAAAAGCUAACUAUUGGCAACCAGAAGAAUCGAAACUGCUGCGAGAACAGUCAGUCAGGACGAGGGGCUUGGGUUUUGCAUAGCGUUGGCGUUGGACAGGUCUAGGUCCCGCACGAUUUGCGGCAGGGGCCGCCAUUGCCGAGAGUUUGUCUCGAGCCAAAGCGGACAGACAGAUACUGUUGACCAUGUUUAUAUCAUAUUUUGUCGGGGUGUCCCGGGAGUCUGGAGUCAUCCCGACUGGUGCUUGCGGUUUUCCCAUUUAAUUAUUACCACUAUGGAGAACAAGAGGGGGAGCGAAUGCGGAUGCAAAAUCACAGUUGCUGGUGCCUCCUUUUUUUCCCUCUCUUUACUCGCUGAUUACUUUGGUCACUACCGUGAAACAAAUACGGCCACUUUGGAUAAGAAGGAUGCUAUUCAUUAUGCAGGCAGAGGUCUGAAUUCAAGAAUAUGCAGCGUGCACAUGCCGCUUGCGCCUACUUGA